AUGGUCGCCUUCCGCUUUCUCCUUGUUCUCCUGCCCCUUGUGGCUGCUAUGCCGUCCUCCAACGCUCUGGAGGGCAGCCCCCUCGUUCGUCGCCACUGCGAGACACCCAAGAACUGCGGCGCAGUCAUCCAAGGAACGGCAUGCAACUUUUGCUGCGCCAAGGACGUGAAGCCCGAUGCCAAGGCCUGCAAGUCUGCGAACAAGGCUUGCGAAACGGGUGGAAAGAAGGACGGAGUGACCUUCAACUGUGAAGACUAA